AUGACGGACAUCGAGCGUGCUGCCACGAACGUCAACAUUACUGGCAUUCAGAGUGAUGCUGAUGUGAGCAAAGUACUCAACCUUACCGAGCAGUCGACGCUCGCAUCACUACGAUCUGGAUCGCAUAAGGAUGUCAACGGCAAUGUCAUUGUUGACCCUGACUUGUCCAACCCAACUCGUCCCCGUCUGGAGAGACCAUUAGACACAAUUCGAUCAUUUGAGAAGGCCAUCGAUAAUGGGUACAAAAGAAGAUCAUCAUACCUAGCUUCUCAACCAGCACAUGACCCCAGCAACCAAAAUGGCAGCAGGAGAAGUAGUGCCUACUUCGGUGAGUCUUCCCAGCGUAACUCCAAACGCCGAUCAACCGCCAACAACCUGUUCACAGGCUACGAGUCCGGUCCAAGCCCUGGUCGACACUCCGCUAUGAGCGGAGGCUACUACGGUGACCGCCGACCCGACAGCCAAUUCGGUGGUAGCCCAGGCCAACAACGCCACCGAUACGGCAACCGCGUCAUGUCCGAAGGCGCCAUGCCUUCACACCAACAACGACCAUACGGCCAGCACAACUACCAUCAGAGCCAGAAUACGAUGAACACCGAUGGCAGCGAUAGCACGGGUCCCUGGGCGAACAGCACAGACCCUAGUAGCGAGAAUAGCUCGAUUGACCGGAACGUGUACGGCAACAAUGGCGGCGGAUACGGACAGAAUGGUUAUAACAGUCGCGCACCUAUCACGGAGGAAGGUAGUGCUGGACCGGCGUAUGGUGGACCGGUGCAGUACCCUCAACAGCCGGCUCCGCGCCGUCCGAUUCCGCUGGGAAAUGCUACGGGUGAGCCUAUUGCCCCGCCGCCUCCGGGCAAGCUGCCUUCGGCUGCGAGGGGCAAGCCUGGGCAGGAAGAGAAGAAGAAGGGGUGGUUGAAGCGCCGCUUUAGUAAGAAGGAGUAG